CUCUUCAUCGUGUGUUCAGUUUACGACAUAUCGGCCGUUAUCAUCAGGUGACAUGCCACAUCCCAUUUGCAUCAUGGGAAAAUUUCGGGUCAGCCAACAAUCUCGGAAAGGUAAAAAGGAAACAAGUAACAUAUACAGUCAAGAAUUAGAGCUGACGGGCGUUCAAGUUUCAGAGAAACGUUUGGUAAAUUGUAGAGCAGCCCGACCUGUAUCACGUGACUCGGGCAACGACGUGGAUGACGCGGAAGUACUGCACAAGGCAUUUACAUGUAUAUCUGAGCAGUUGCCACCAAGACUGAUCCGGAAAUUUGCCAGGUUUCUUGGACUCAGUGAAAGCACGAUCAAGCACAUUGAGUAUGAUGAAAGAGGGUCUGGGGCCCAGGAAUGUGUUUAUCAAAUACUUCUUAAAUGGGAAUCUGAGAAAGGCAUCACCGUAUCGUCAGAAGAACUAUUAAAUGCACUGGAGAACAUUGAAUGUAAUGAAAUAAUAGAGGCACUUAAUAUGAUUAUAUGACGCGUUGUUUAUUUUCGACCAUCUACAUUACCCAAAGGAAUACCGAGAUAUUUAGACGGGGGCAAAUGCCCUGACCAUCUACGC